CGCGGGCCAGGGGGCUCCUGGACUCCGCGUCUGCUCAUGGAACUGGCUUUCUGCACCCAGUGGAUGUGAGCGGGACGUACGUGCGGAGGGCAGACGGGUGUUGUAUAGUCAUGUCACAUGUGUGUGUUGCGCGGAGUACACAUCCUUGUGUAGACGUGUGAAACGUGUGCGGUGUGGUGUGCAGAUGUGGGGGUUCAUAGAAUAUAGGGCUCCUCAUUCCAAGAGCGCCUGCCCUUCGCGAUGGGACCGUCAGGCCUCCCUUAGCCUUCGUCGGAACUGUCACAGCCACAUGACCCGGAAUUGGCGCGUGCGCGACUCCGCCUUAGGCUCCUCCCCUGCGAUUGAAACCCCGCCUCCGCCCCGCCCUCGCCACACUUUACGGCCGGGCACGCCAGUUUUGCUGCAGACGCUCCCGCUGCCGCUGCUGCUCCUGCCGCCGCGGCUCUUGCCGCUCCGGCCCUGUCUGCGCUGCUGCCGGGAGGCCGCCCUGGCCCGGCGAGCCGAACCAAUGCUGGAUCUGGAGGUGGUGCCCGAGCGCUCUCUGGGGAACGAGCAAUGGGAAUUCACGCUGGGAAUGCCUUUGGCUCAGGCAGUAGCCAUUCUUCAGAAGCACUGUCGCAUCAUCAAAAAUGUCCAGGUUCUCUACAGUGAACAGUCUCCUCUAAGCCAUGACCUCAUCCUUAACCUGACUCAGGACGGGAUCAAACUACUGUUUGAUGCUUUCAAUCAGAGACUUAAGGUGAUUGAAGUAUAUGACUUGACUAAAGUAAAGUUAAAAUAUUGUGGAGUACAUUUUAACUCUCAGGCCAUAGCUCCCACCAUUGAGCAGAUUGACCAGUCUUUUGGUGCAACCCAUCCUGGAGUGUAUAACUCCGCUGAGCAGCUCUUCCACCUCAACUUCAGAGGACUGUCUUUCUCUUUUCAGUUAGACUCGUGGACUGAGGCUCCCAAGUACGAGCCCAAUUUUGCCCAUGGUCUAGCUUCUCUCCAGAUACCCCAUGGAGCGACUGUGAAACGAAUGUACAUCUACAGUGGAAACAGUCUACAGGAUACCAAGGCUCCCGGGAUGCCCCUGAGCUGUUUCCUGGGCAAUGUGUAUGCUGAGAGUGUAGAUGUUCUUCGAGAUGGAACUGGACCCUCAGGUUUACGACUUCGCCUACUUGCUGCAGGUUGUGGGCCCGGCCUCUUAGCAGAUGCCAAGAUGCGAGUAUUUGAACGUUCAGUGUAUUUUGGUGAUUCCUGCCAGGAUGUUCUUAGCAUGCUUGGCUCUCCACACAAGGUCUUCUAUAAGUCAGAGGACAAGAUGAAAAUUCAUUCUCCUUCCCCUCAUAAGCAAGUUCCAUCUAAGUGCAACGACUACUUUUUUAACUACUUCACUCUCGGAGUGGACAUCCUCUUUGAUGCGAAUACACACAAAGUGAAGAAGUUUGUCCUACACACCAAUUACCCUGGGCAUUAUAAUUUUAACAUUUACCACCGCUGUGAGUUCAAGAUCCCACUAGCCAUAAAGAAAGAAAAUGCAGAUGGUCAGACAGAAACAUGCACAACCUACAGCAAGUGGGACAACAUCCAGGAGCUCCUGGGCCAUCCUGUGGAGAAGCCUGUUGUCCUGCACAGGUCUUCCUCCCCAAACAACACCAACCCAUUUGGCUCCACAUUCUGCUUUGGUCUUCAGCGGAUGAUCUUUGAGGUCAUGCAGAAUAACCACAUUGCCUCAGUGACCCUGUAUGGCCCCCCCAAGCCUGGUGCCCACCUGAGAACAGCAGAGCUCCCCUAGGGACAUCACCACCCAUGCCCCUCUGCCUGUGGAACUGUGCAUCGCAUCCUGCUCAGCGGGCCUCCAUGUGCCACCCUGUGGGUUUUCCUGGACACUUUGCCAGUGUUGAACAGCUGUUGUGGUGUUCUGAGGUGGGACUCAGGCUGGGUGCUCUGCCAUGGGGUGAGAGGCCCAGAUAUUCCUCUGUCCGUCCUCAGCCUGCUGGUGCCAACAGGGGACACAGACUGCAAAGAGAAGCACAAACUCUGAGCCUUGAUACCUGGACCCAGGAGCUCUCAACUAACACGUAAGGAGGCAGAGUUCUGUCUCCCCUGUCUCACACACAUUGGGAAAACUUAGGACUCUGUCUGUUGCUGAAGACACAGGCACCCAGGACGAGGACAAGGUCUUGCCUUUGUCCCAGCGUUGCCACGUGACCCUUAAGGCAAGCAGGUAGCAUGUCCGUAGUACUUGGUUGUGACUUUUGCACUACAUCCACUUUAGUUACUUGAUGAGCUGGCUGUGGCCAAGAUGGCCCACCUGCCCCUCCCUCUUCCUUUCUUGCACGUGCUCCCUGCCAGGCCAAGUAGGCACACCUAACUGGUUGAAGUACAGCUUUCUACCAUCCAGGUUUGUGCCCAGGCCUGGUUCCCAACCCUCUUGGAGCCAGCCUUCAAGGUCGCCUGUGCCCCGCUCUGCCCCAACCUGGCCAGCAGGGCUGCAUUGUUUCCAUUCUGUUUGCCUCUUUUAUUUAAUGCCAAAGUUUUAGCCAAAGACAUCUUCCUCCUUUUGUUGUGUUUCAGUAUUCUGUUCUGCACUGUGGGCUGGCUCCCCUGCCCCAACCCUGGGCAGUGUCCCCUGGUCAUGCCCCAUUCAUGGUUCAAGGCCUCUGGGGGCUCUGGGAGGGCUGGGCUGCUCAGUCUUUUCAUGGGUCCUGCUAAGGAAAGUAGCGUAUGUGCUUUAAAAAUAUUAAUCCUUUUGAAAAGAAUUGAGAAGAGAAAUGUAUAAUUUUAUCCCAUUUUUAAUAUUUUGGUCUAGCAACUUGUGAUACAUAGAUGACAAUUUUGUGAGUUUUUCAAAUGUGUGUACAGAUUUUUGUAAAUAUGAUUCUUUUGUAAUUAACUCAUGUACAGCCUCAUCCUGUAUAGUUUAACAAUGAAUGUGCAGGGGACCUGCCCCAGGUUUCUAUGUGGUUCCUGGGCCUGUGUGGCACUCCCAUGACUUUGUGACUGACUGGUGUCUUCCCUUUUGGCCUGGCCAGAGACCCCCGUACAUCCCACUGUCGGAGCAGCUAGGUACUAUUCCCAUUUCCUGGAAUGAGAGAACCUUCCUCAUGCCCUGCCCUCACCCCUCCUCCAAUAAAGACCUGUGCCCUUAGCAACGGCUCACCAUGUGCUGUUGCUGGGAUGUUUGUACUAAAAUAA